AUGGCCCCCACUGAUAGCCCCGAGGAGGAAGGUGGAGACGCAGGAGGGGCCGGAGAGGGCUCAGUGGAAGGAGGUGAGAUAGUGGGAGUGGGUGGUGCGGGUGAGGGGAGUGAUGGUGGUGUGGGUGAGGGGAGUGAUGGUGGUGUGGGUGAGGGGAGUGAUGGUGGUGUGGAGACUGCCGGAGGGAGGACGACUGGUGGCGAUGGUGGUGGAGACUUAACCGAAUCUACCAAAGCCAAGCCAGUUUUGCAAGGACCCGUGGCAAACAGGCUUGUCAGGGGCAGUGAGGGAGAGGAGAAGAGCAUGGGCAUGCGCUCAAGGAGUGUCAAAGGGGCGAUGGGGCAGGAAAAGGGCAAUGGCGGCGAGGAAUCCAUGCACCUCAACCAGGGGUGUGCAUGA